AUGCCAUCUCUUCAGAGAGUCAUCCACGUGACAAUAGCACUAUACAUUUCCGUUCUUUCUUCAACUUCUUCAGUAGCAGCCGACUCUCCUGCACCUUAUCCACUCAAUCCAUCAAAUGCAACAGUGAUUGAUUCACAAACGGCUUGUAAUGCACUUGCAAUCACUAUCCCAGCCAAACUUGCCAAUGCAAAAUUUUCCAAACAUUCAGCACCUCUCCAACUAACAAACGUGAUUACUAAAUUUUACUUAAACGGUGAUAAUCCAACAACGCAAGAUUUGUUUAAUGAUAUUCCCGCAACUGCAUUUGGCAAUGAAACCGAUUCGAUAAAUGCUAUCGUGAAUAGUGUAGGCGAUUGGGAUCGGGAUGCCGUCAUGGCAGAUGAAGGGUAUGGAUUGGAAGAUUCGACUCAGACGCAGCAAGGCGGUUUACCUUCGUUCUGCAGAUUUGGUGCAAGUAUCAUCACAUCGAAUACCUCCAUGACUUGGUUUGAAACUUGGCUUCCAGUUCCAAGCAACGGAACGAACUACCAAAUCACCUCCAGCACAAUCUUCUCGGAUCCGCUUGCCGCUGAUCUGGACUCGGGCAGUGAGACAGGAUUUGACUUUAAACGAAGGACAUCAGCAAAUUGGCGCGGUCGCUUGGUGUUUGUUGGAAGCGGAGGUCAAAGAGGUUCGUGCUCUUAUCCUGAAAUGAAGCAAGUCCUUGCUAGAUAUCGUGAAGCAACUUCUUCUUCAAAUUUAGGUCAUUUUGGAACGGGGGCUACAACAACUUGGACAAUCGGAAGACCUCAAGCACAAACAGACUUUGGAUAUAGAGGUACUCAUGUUUCUGCAUUAGCAUCUCAAUUUGUCGUUCGUCAAUUUUACGGCGUUGCAAAGAAGCCAAGCUCCAGCAAAAGAACUGAAACAGCAACGGAUCAGAAAGCACACUUUGGAUUCCCAACCUACUUCAAAGGCUGUUCAACAGGUGGUCGUCAAGCCAUUGCAGAGGCACAAAAGUUCCCGUACGACUUUGACGGUGUUUUGGCUGGCUCUCCUGCCAUCUACUAUAACGAAUUGAAUGCUUAUCAGAUUCACGUCAACAGCUUCCAAUCCAAUAAAUCUUCUCCCGCCUAUAUCUCUCGAAAGUUAUAUCCCGUCAUUCACAAAUUUAUCUUGAGCGAAUGCGAUACCCUCGACGGAUUAAAGGAUGCCGUGAUCGAAAAUCCGGCUCAAUGCAAACCUCGAUUUGAUCGUUUACUCUGUGCUCCUGCUAAUCUAACAACAACUUCAAGUACAACUGCAUCUUCAACGUUGGGCGCUUUACGAAUCAUUGAUCAAGCUACAAAGGCAAUCCUUCCCGAAGAUGUGCCCACCACGUCAACUGAUUCCAGUCUUACGCACAACAGUCAAAGCGUUUUGAGUGUUGAAAAGCGUGCCACGAAACAGCAUACGUCCAGCACCCACCAUCGCCAUCACCAUAAAACCUCCGACCAUUCGAAAUCUUAUUCAUCUUCGUCAUCCGCCUCAAGAUCUUCCACAACUUCAUCGGCCUCAGCUUCUCCCACGCCAAAGUAUGCACCUGUCGGUCAAUGCUUGACAGCUGCUCAAAUGGCCAAUUUGAAAAAUAUCUACAAACCAUACAAAUAUCCAAGCGGAGAAAUCAUUCAUGAACCUGUUUUGUACGGCAGUGAAACAGUUUGGACGGUGAACGAUGGCGUUGUGGGUGAAGCUUUCCCUCCUUCUUAUGGUUGGUUCCAAUAUCAAGUUUUAGGUCAAAGUGGAUCACCGGAUAGUUUUGAUUAUUUCAGCAUUGUUGAUAACAAUUUCCCUUUAAUUCGUCAAGGUAAUCGAAUGGAUCCCGGAACAACGGAAACGAGCAAUCCUGAUUUAAGUAAAUUCUUCAAUAAAGGUGGUAAAUUAUUGCAUUAUCACGGUUUAUCGGAUCAAUUGAUCCCAUCAGGUGCUUCUGAUCGUUUUUAUAAAGAAGUUCAAAGUACCGUCGGAGGGGACUUAUCGAAUUCAUACCGGUAUUUGCACAUUCCAGGCAUGGGUCAUUGCCGCGGAGGUGAUGGAGCAUGGAAUUUCGGUGGUUCCGGUCAAACGGACGACGGUAGCCGACCUCUGGAAUUCUCGACUAAAUUUGAUAUGCUCUUAGCAUUAUUCGAAUGGGUAGAAAAAGAAAAGACCCCAAAGAAACAAUACGGUGCAGGAUACAAGAUCACAACAGGAUUUGAAGCACCCGAUUACGUAACAACCACAAAGCAAGUCCAGGCAUACAGCAAUGGAGUCAAGUUCACCCACAGAUUCUGUGCUUAUCCCGCUCAAGUAGUUGUCACCAACAAUUCAACCGCCACAGAAACAUGCAAGGUUGUUACCACACACAAAAAGCACAAACGUAGAUAAAAUUCUCACUUUUUUUUUCUGGAUUUCAAAAGUUAUGGUUUUAUUUUAGCAUCCACUUUGAUAGUGAGCAAUCACGUACUCUGUAAUUAUUUAUCUUCAAACACGUUGGACAGACUUGUUUGUUCACGGAAUU